CUUCACGAUGUCAAGUAGUGUUAAGAGCCUCUCAGUGGGAUAUAAUCCCAUCAACGAAAGAAAUACUUUUUCCAGUGGGGAUUAUAUUCAUGGGAAAAUUACAUUGGAGUUGUCUAAAGAGUGCAGUUUUCAAACCCUCAGCAUACAGAUGAAGGGAAAAGCAAAGGUCUUGUGGACUGAAAACUACGGGAAAACAGUUGUGACGUACAGCAGCAAAAACAAGUACUUCAGCAUCAAACAGAUUCUCGUCCAGGAAGGACAAGGAAUUACUACACUGAACCCGGGCAGCCAUGUCUUUCCUUUUUCCUUUCAGAUCCCAGCACAGGAGCUGCCGUCCAGCUUCAGAGGCUCAUAUGGAAAGAUCUUGUACACGCUGAAAGCAAACCUGUCCAGGUCGAUGAGGGUCGACAGCAAAGCCAAGGCAGAGUUCAACGUCAUCAACAAAUUAAACUUGAAGAGUGAUCCAGUUCUGACGACUCCACAGCACAACACCAUCGAGAAGAAGAUGAAGAUCUUGAACUCGGGAGCCGUAGGCAUGGAUGUAAACAUUGAACGAACUGGUUUCCUUCAAGGGGAGGGAAUAAACGUUGUAGCUUCCAUUCAGAACAAAUCGACUCGGGACGUCAAGCUCAAGUACAGUUUCUACUCCAAGCACAGCUACUUUGCAAAUGGCAAGAGAAAAGUUUCCACCAAAGAAAUCCUGAAGGAGGUGAGCGAGCCGGUCCCACCCUCUGCAGGUCAGACCAUCACCAAGAUCAUCACCGUCCCUCCGGACACGGGGGUGUCGGUCCUGAACUGCAACAUCCUGAAAGUAGAGUAUAGACUCAAGGUCUCCCUGGAUGUCAAAUAUGCUGCGGACCCAGAGAUAAAGUUCCCCAUAAUCGUCCUGCCUGCAUUCGUAGAGAGCUAUGGAGAGCCAUCCCUGCCUCCUGCUUAUGGGUUCGACCCAACACCAAACUUUUCCCAGUACGGAGGGGCCAGCUUCUUUGACCCCCCCGCCUACACCCCUUCUGCCCCGCCUUCUGCACCCCCGCUGCACCCUCCACCGCUCACCUUCGAUUCCUCAGGGAUCUACCCCCCUCUGACCGGCUGGGACAAAAAGUAGAAGAUCAAACGUAGAUCUGGAAGGCGUGGGCCUCUCGUCUCCAAAUGAUUUCUCUCCAUUUAUGUUCUCCAAGUUUUUAAUGAGGCUUUUUCUUUAUGACAAGAAACACAAGUUUAUGAAUGUCGAGAAAGAAAAAAAUACCUUAAAAAAAACCUAAAUAAAAGUUAUAUAAAAAAAAUACCGGUUGCAUUUAAAAACUGUAACAAUUCUGUGUUCUUAUU